AUUUCCUUGGGCUUGUUGGGGACUCGCCAUGACUAUACUCAUACACCUCAGGUAUUCACCUGGACGGCAUCAACAAGACCGACCUUAGGUACAACUAGUCUGCGACCGGUUUCUACCACCUGGUUGUCUUUUCCGUCACAAUGUCGACGGCCAAUGGGUCGAACCCAACCCGGAUUUCGAUCCUGGGCGAGGAAAGCAUCAUAAUCGACUAUGGCCUCUGGCUUAACUACGUGACUCACGAUCUGCUCAACAACAUCCCUUCUUCCACCUACGUGCUCAUCACCGACACCAACCUCCACUCGCUCUACGUGCCUCAAUUCGAAAAGGCCUUCACAAGUGCUGCUGCGGCUAUCUCAAAUGCGACCACACCGCCAUCACCCCAGGCCCCGCGCCUGCUGACCUAUGCCAUCCCGCCUGGCGAGGGGUCCAAGAGCCGUGACACCAAGGCCGAGAUCGAGGACUGGCUUCUCGAGCAACAAUGCACCCGCGAUACUGUCAUCAUCGCCCUGGGCGGCGGCGUCAUUGGUGACAUGAUUGGUUACGUCGCGGCCACCUUCAUGCGUGGUGUCCGCUUCGUCCAAGUCCCUACGACGCUGCUGGCCAUGGUCGACUCAUCCAUUGGUGGCAAGACAGCCAUCGAUACCCCCAUGGGAAAGAAUUUGGUCGGUGCCUUCUGGCAGCCGCGCCGCAUCUACAUAGACCUGGCGUUUCUCAACACGCUACCUGCCCGCGAGUUCAUCAACGGUAUGGCCGAAGUUAUCAAGACCGCUGCUAUCUGGGACGCCGAGGAGUUCUCUGCCCUCGAGCAAAACGCGCCAGCUAUCUUGUCGGCUGUCCGCACCCCUGCAUCUGCCGCCGUCGAUCCGAACGCAAGGCUCCUCCCUAUUAGCGACAUCCUCAAACGUAUAGUCUUGGGCUCUGCACGUGUCAAGGCCCACGUUGUCUCUGCGGACGAGAAGGAGGGUGGCCUGCGCAAUCUCCUGAACUUUGGCCACUCGAUUGGCCAUGCCUUUGAGGCUAUUCUGACCCCUCAAGUGCUGCAUGGUGAGGCCGUUGCCGUCGGAAUGGUCAAGGAGGCAGAGCUUGCACGCCACCUGGGCAUUCUGCGUCCGGCUGCUGUCGCUCGCCUCGUCAAGUGCAUUGCCAGCUACGAUCUUCCCACCUCGCUUGAGGACAAGCGUCUGGUCAGGAUGACUGGUGGAAAGAGCUGCCCGGUUGAUAUCGUGCUCGCAAAGAUGGCCGUCGACAAGAAGAACGAAGGAAAGCAGAAGAAGAUCGUCUUGUUGUCGGCCAUUGGCAAAACCCACGAGCCCAAGGCCAGCAGUGUAGACGAUCGUGCAAUCCGCGUAGUUCUCUCGCCCGCCGUUCGAGUCCAACCUGGCGUCCGCCCCGGCCUCAAAGUUGAUGUGACCCCGCCAGGGUCCAAGAGCAUUUCGAACAGGGCUCUUAUUUUGGCCGCCCUUGGCAAGGGCCCAUGCCGUAUCAAGAACCUCCUCCAUUCCGAUGACACGGAGCACAUGCUCAACGCCAUUGGCAAGCUUCGUGGUGCUUCCUUCUCCUGGGAGGAUGACGGCGAGAUCCUCGUCGUUGAGGGGCGUGGAGGUCAGCUCUUUGCACCUAGCCAAGGGGAGCUCUACCUUGGCAAUGCAGGAACGGCAUCCCGCUUCCUCACUACGGUUGCGGCUCUCUGCUCACCAGCAUCCGACGGCGAUGCCGCCUCAACUGUGCUAACGGGCAACGCACGGAUGAAGCUGCGUCCUAUUGGAGCCCUGGUAGACGCCCUGCGCUCCAACGGAAUCAACAUUGAAUACCUGGGCAAGGAGAACAGUCUGCCAAUAAGGGUCGACGCCGCAGGUGGCUUCGGUGGUGGCGUCAUUGAAUUGGCCGCAACUGUUUCGUCGCAGUAUGUAUCAUCGUUGCUUAUGGCCGCCCCCUACGCCAAGGAGCCCGUGACGCUGCGCUUGGUAGGCGGGAAACCCAUCUCGCAGCCUUACAUAGAUAUGACAAUUGCCAUGAUGCGUUCCUUCGGCAUCAACGUCCAGAGGUCCACCACUGAGGCGGACACUUACCACAUUCCCCAAGGUGUUUACACCAACCCGGCCGAGUACACUGUUGAGAGCGACGCCAGUUCCGCCACGUACCCGCUGGCCGUCGCGGCAAUCACUGGUACCACGUGUACCAUCCCCAACAUUGGUUCCGCCUCACUUCAGGGCGAUGCUCGGUUUGCCGUCGAGGUGCUCCGCCCCAUGGGCUGCACUGUUGAACAAUCAGCCAGCUCAACAACCGUCACCGGUCCGCCUCUUGGUCAGCUGAAGGCAAUCCCUCAUGUGGACAUGGAACCCAUGACCGACGCUUUCCUGACAGCCUCGGUCCUUGCGGCUGUUGCCAGCGGAACCACCCAGAUCACCGGCAUCGCAAAUCAAAGGGUCAAGGAAUGCAACCGCAUCAAGGCCAUGAAGGACCAGCUUGCCAAGUUUGGCGUGCAUUGCAAUGAGUUGGACGACGGUAUCGAAGUCACUGGCAAGCCUUGGACAGAAUUGACAGAGCCGAGGGAGAUCUACUGCUACGAUGACCACCGUGUGGCCAUGAGCUUCAGUGUCCUUUCGGUGAUUUCACCGCACCCUGUUCUGAUUUUAGAACGUGAGUGUACUGGCAAGACGUGGCCCGGCUGGUGGGAUGUGCUGUCUGGGGUCUUUGGCGUGGCUAUGGAUGGCGAGGAGCCCAUUUCGCACUCUACUGUGACUGGAUCUGGUCCCAAUAACCGCUCCGUCUUCGUCAUUGGUAUGCGUGGUGCCGGCAAGUCUACUGCAGGAAAAUGGAUGGCUUCAACGCUGGGUCGUACAUUCAUGGACCUCGACACGGAGCUUGAGAGGAGGCACAACACGACAAUUCCUGACAUGGUUAGAAGUGAAGUGGGUUGGGAAGGAUUCAGAAAAUUGGAGGUGGAGCUGCUUCGUGAGAUGAUGGAGACAAAGCCGGAAGGCUACAUCUUUUCAUGCGGCGGCGGCAUUGUCGAGACACCAGAGGCUCGGGAGGCACUCAUCUCGUACUGCCGCGCCGGGGGAGCUGUGCUGCUUGUGCACCGCGACACAACUCACGUGGUUGAAUAUCUUAACCGUGAUAAGAGUCGGCCGGCAUGGUCUGAGGAGAUCGAAAAGGUCUACGUCCGGCGGAAGCCGUGGUACCAGGAGUGCAGCAACUUCGAGUAUCACAGCCCUCACUUGGGAGUCGAGGAAAGUGCUGUCGAAAUGCCCGUCGACUUCGCACGCUUUGUGUCGCUCAUCUGUGGAAAGAGUUCUCAUCUGCGGGAGGUCAAGGCAAAGCCGCACUCCUUCUUUGUGUCCCUGACCGUACCAAACAUCACAGCACACACGGCAACAAUCCCCAAGGCUGUCGUAGGCUCUGAUGCUGUGGAACUCCGUGUCGACCUGCUGCAGGACCACUCACCAGAGUUUGUGGUUCGGCAGGUUGCUCUCCUGAGGUCGUUGUGCAAGAUGCCCAUCAUCUUUACCGUACGUACCGUCAGUCAGGGCGGCCGCUUCCCAGACACAGACUACGCCGGGGCACUGGCUCUCUACCGCGUGGCCCUCCGGAUGGGAGUUGAGUACGUCGAUGUGGAAAUGACGAUGCCGGACGAUGUCAUUGAGACGGUGACAAAAGCCAAGGGCUACACGAGCAUCAUUGCGUCUCAUCACGACCCCAAGGGCACCUUGUCGUGGCGCAAUGGAGCGUGGAUGCAGUAUUACAACAAGGCUCUGCACUACGGUGACGUGAUCAAGCUGGUCGGCUGGUGCCGCACCGAUGAGGAUAACUUCUCGCUGCUGACCUUCAAGACACGCAUGCUGGCAGCUCACGAAUCAACACCUAUUAUUGCCCUUAAUAUGGGUGAGCAGGGAAAGCUCAGUCGUGUGCUGAACGGUUUCAUGACACCCGUCACCCACGCCGCGCUGCCGGCCGCUGCGGCCCCCGGUCAGUUGACAGCAGCCGAGAUCCGCCAGGCGCUUUCGCUCCUCAGCAAGAUCCCCAAGCGCAAGUUUUACCUGUUCGGCAAGCCCAUCUCCAAGUCGAGGUCGCCAGUCCUUCACAAUACCCUGUUCCAACAGACGGGUCUGCCACACACGUACGCGCGCCUCGAGACCGACAAGGCUGCCGAGGUAGAGGCCACCAUCCGCGCGCCGGACUUUGGAGGUGCCUCGGUCACGAUCCCGCUCAAGUUGGACAUUAUGCCUAUGCUCGAUGAAAUCACGGACGCGGCCAAGACCAUCGGUGCCGUCAAUACUAUCAUCCCGGUCUCUGUUCAGGGUGACAGGCAGCGUCUGCGUGGUGACAAUACCGACUGGUGUGGCAUGGUCCAUUCGCUACGGAUGGCCGGAGUUAAAGGCAAGCGCGCCUGUCCAGCGUCAGGUGUGGUGGUUGGUUCGGGUGGUACGACGCGCGCCGCCAUUUAUGCCCUCCACUCACUUGGCUUCUCGCCAAUCUACAUCAUAGCACGCAAUGCAACGUCUGUCGAUACCAUUGCGUCUUCUUUCCCAGCAGAAUACGACAUUCGUACCCUGCAGGGCACCCUAGCCUACAGCGAGGGUAUGGCGCGGCCCGAGGUGGUCAUCAGCACGAUCCCGGCGACGGGUGAUGUCGAUGAAGGAAUCCUGAUGGCUGUCGAUUCAGUGCUCACUUUGCCUAUGGGUACAAGCAACACUGCAGCGACGAGAGUGUUGCUGGAGAUGGCGUACACGCCUACCUUUACCAACAUGAUGGCCCGCGCAAAGGAUGCCGGCUGGGGAACUGUCCCUGGAUUUGAGGUCCUCGCCGCACAAGGCUGGUUCCAGUUCCAAUUGUGGACGGAUAUCAAGCCGCUCUACAGUACUGCCAGUUCGAUUGUGAUGGGAAAUGGGUCAACUGAUUCCUCCUGAGCUGUAGGCGUGGAGUGCUAUGUAUCCAGCACAUGAGUUUGUCGACCAGCAGUUGCAAAAGUUAUGCUUGCUCAAAACGCGGAAUUUGAAUUGAAUAAAAUUUUCUAUGGAUUACUUUACAUCACUUUCAUACAUGCCGUGCUACCAUAACUUUAGAAUUUGCUAGAAAUUAACGUUUGGC